UGAAUAUCGUCUGGGAAAGUAAUUGGAAUUGCUUUCUAUUUUCCAAUUUCUUCUUCUUCAUCUCUUCUUUCCUUUAUCCCCCCCUCUUUUUUCUUAGCAGAAGCAACCUCCACCACUCUCUUUUUCCUGCUUCUCUCUCUCUCCAUCCCUCCAAAACUUUCAUCAAGUCACCCGCAUCACCACCACCCCCAGACCGCCACAAUGCCGCCCUCAUCCUCCAAGGAAAAGCGACUCGCCAAGAAGGCCGAGAAGGCUGCUGCCACCGGCAAGAAGGUCGGCAAGGUGGGCAAGAAGGAGCCCGAGCUCGACGUCCACGGAAACCCCGUCCAGGACACCGACGGGCCUGCCACCACCGAUGACAAGCUGGACGAGGUCAAGCGCCUGGCCGACCAGAUGGACCAGCACGGCAUCUCGGACCGCGUCACCACCGGCGUGCUGUCGUCCACCCAGCAGAGCAAGGACGUCAAGAUCACCAGCUGCUCCCUCGUCUUCCACGGCCGCGUCCUCAUCACCGACUCCACCCUCGAGCUGUCCUUUGGCCGCCGCUACGGCCUGCUGGGCGAGAACGGCUGCGGAAAGUCGACGCUGCUCAAGGCCAUCGCCGCCCGCGAGUACCCCAUCCCCGACCACGUCGACAUCUACCUGCUCAACGAGGGUGCGCCCCCCAGCGAUCUCGGCGCCCUGGAAUGGGUCGUCAAGGAGGCUGAGAACGAGAUGGAGCGUCUCGACAAGCUGGCCGAGAAGCUGCUCGAGGACGAGGGCCCCGAGAGCCCUCACAUGGACAAGAUGGACCCCUCAACCUUUGCCACCCGCGCUUCCCUCAUUCUGACCGGUCUCGGUUUCAACAAAAAGACCAUCCACAAGAAGACCAAGGACAUGUCUGGUGGCUGGAGAAUGCGUGUCGCCCUGGCCAAGGCCCUCUUCGUCAAGCCCUCGCUGCUCCUGCUCGACGACCCCACCGCCCACUUGGAUCUCGAGGCCUGCGUGUGGCUGGAAGAGUACCUCAAGAAGUGGGACCGGACGCUGGUUCUCGUCUCCCACUCGAUGGACUUCCUCAACGGCGUGUGUACCAACAUGAUUGACAUGCGCGAAAAGGCCCUCAUCUACUACGGUGGUAACUACGACUCGUACGCCAAGACUCGUGAAGAGAAUGAGACGAACCAGAUGAAGGCCUACACCAAGCAGCAGGAGGAAAUCGCCCACAUCAAAAAGUUCAUUGCCAGCGCCGGUACCUACGCCAACUUGGUCCGACAGGCCAAGUCGCGCCAGAAGAUCCUCGACAAGAUGGAGGCCGACGGCUUCAUCCAGCCCGUCGUUCCCGACCGCGUCUUCACCUUCCGCUUCGCCGACGUUGACAAGCUGCCCCCUCCCGUCCUCUCCUUUGACAACGUCACCUUCUCCUACUCUGGCAACCCCGAGGAUGACCUGUACCGCAACAUCGACCUUGGUUUCGACAUGGACUCCCGAACUGCUCUGGUCGGACCCAACGGUGUUGGCAAGUCGACGCUGCUGCGCCUCAUGACCGGCAAGCUGUCGCCCACUGGCGGCUCCGUCAGCCGCCACACCCACUUGAAGCUCGGCCUGUACUCUCAGCACAGCGCUGAGCAGCUCGACCUGACCAAGUCCGCCCUCGACUUUGUCCGAGACAAGUACAAGGAGAAGUCCCAGGACUACCAGUACUGGCGCCAGCAGCUUGGCCGCUACGGCCUGACCGGCGAGUCCCAGACCGCCCUGAUGGGCACGCUGUCCGAGGGUCAGAAGAGCCGCAUCGUCUUUGCCCUGCUGGCCAUUGACAGCCCCAACAUGCUGCUGCUCGACGAGCCUACCAACGGUCUCGACAUCCCCACCAUUGACAGUCUGGCUGACGCCAUCAACGCCUUUAGCGGCGGUGUUAUCGUCGUCUCCCACGACUUUAGAUUGCUUGACAAGAUUGCGAAGCAGAUUCUCGUCUGCGAGAACCAGACCAUCCGAGCAUGGGACGGCACCAUUGGCGAGUACAAGAACUACCUUCGCAAGAAGAUGAUUACGGCCGGUGCCGUGUAAAAUGGGCGACAUGAGACGAGCAGCAGAACUUAAAAGUGCAUAUUCCAAAUCGCUUAUAGAACGGAUGAUGAAUGACAGGGAAUUGGGCGGCGGCUACAUGGGAACAGGAUGUCACACGCGGCAACCCACAAAAGCCAUCAUAGAAGAUUGGCACGCUGGAAAGUUGCCAGCAGAAAGGUGCGCAUGAGCACGGCCGCGAUACCCUAGAGAUGCAGGAUGCAUGCAUUCAUGAUCAUGUGUUUUCUUGUUUAUUCAAAUGUUUUCAGUUUCCCGGGAUAGACUUGGUAGUAUCAUUUGAGAUUUCUUCUUGGGUUUAGCUACUACUAGGUUUGAAUGGAGGUUUAGACUGAAUGAGGUGAUUAUUGCCUGAC